UUGGCUACUUUGAAAGAAAUGAGAUCAGUAAUGUCAAAGCUAAAAACUAGGAUCGUCAUCAAAGAAUCUUAAGGAGUCGAUGGUUUCAUCUUCAUCAGAGAGUCGAACCACGACUACAGCUAUAGAAGAUAUUCAGAAGAAGCCUCUUAUUGCUAUUCAAUGCCGUAGAUGCUUAUCAGACUCUUCUCCGGUAGUUAUCGUCAACCCUUGCGACCACAGAUUCUGCGGACAUGGCCGAGGCACAACUUGUGCGGACAUUUACACGGUUUUACACUUUUACUGUGCGGAUCUGACUCUUAUAAUCUUGGGGGCAAUUGCGUACUAUUUCAAGAUUAGCAAGUCUAAAGCGUCUGGCACUUAGAAGACAUCAACUUUAUCAUCCACCUCUUUCCUACUUAGUUAUAUGUCUUGUGCCUUGAAGAACCAACUGUCUCUAUUUUAUUUCUCUUGGAACCUUUAAAUUGACAUUAUGAGCAUGUAAUUAAACCAUUUUGGUCACUCUCAUCAUCAUCUCUACUCUCACAUCUUUUUUUCUCCGAUA